AUGGAAAUAGACGGCAACACCUUGUUGCUAGUCUUUGUUUUCCUGUUCAUUUUAUACUCAAAUCCGUCCGGUGACGGAGUUACCUCACAAUAUGAAUACAAUCAGCUCCAGACGCUGAAGGCCCAAUAUGAGCAGGAACAUAUGCAGUUCAGCAAUUUAUCAUCCAACCAUAACUUCCGCAAUAUUACAGGUCUCAAACUUUCUUAUGGUGAUGUGUUACAGGAACCGAAAAUCAAUGCCACAUAUCCGAUAGAGGGAAAAGACUACGACCACUGGUUUGCCAAUCAAAAUUACACGUUGUUACCAGAGUCUGUCGAAUAUGAGAUCAAACACAGCGUUUGGAAAACUGGACACAAUGUGUAUCCCCCAAAUGUGACAAGUACGUUAAGGGGACAGGUCAAAAGAUCACACGAUGAGGAGUUUGUAGUGGUACCGAUGCCUAUACCGGAAUAUUAUAAGCCAGCACAGGACUUGCUACAAAAUCGGCCUAGUUUCGCAGAGCCAUACGACUCGGAACUUGGCGAUUACCAGGGCUCCCGCAAUAUAACUUUCCUUGAGGGCGAAAUCGUGGUGGAAAUCCUCUCAGCUGACACGAUCUCGGGACUUUACGAAAGAGAGACCCGUUUCCAGAAUACACAAAGCGAUAGAUGGCGAUUUUUGCAUUUGAACAUCCAUUUUUCGGACUAUAGUGAGAACGAAAAGCAUGCUAUUCGGUCCAAGGCCAUUUAUGACAUACAAAACGGUAGAAUUUUAGCGUUUUCAGAAAGUGCUAAAUUUCAUUCUCUUUUCGCUCUACCGCAUUACAUGAACUUGAAGAAUGAAGAUGAAGCGACUUAUAACCAGGUAAAGACUUUGGUAGAAGAAUACUGGAAUGCUACGGAUUUCAUCAAUACUAGAUCAAUGGCAUAUUUGCAGAAUUCCUACGCAGUUGCGAGCACAAGCUGUGAGUUCCUAGCAUUUUUGCAACUCGACCCAUGGUCAGACUUUUCGCAAGAACAAAUUAGGACGAUCGAUAAAGAAUUGACGUGGCCACUUGGAAGAAGUGCUAAUCUCUCAUCGCUCCCGCCAGUGAAUAUUUCAUCUGGUUUGAUUUAUUCUCCCGAUUGUGGGGUUCGACUACAAAUGAAAAAUGUUACUGGGCUCCGCUACGAACUUCAAGUCCGGAAGAUGAGGAAUCUACUGCUUCUUGGUGCAGUCCUGUUGGCGUCGCAGAUAUAUCUACUUUUGCGUCAAAUGCAGCACACGAACACUCCAUCUUUAGUCAACAAAAUUUCUUACUGGAGUUUCUCGUUGAUGAACCUCGUUGACGGUGUCCUAGCCAUUAUUUUUUUUGUCAUGACCAAUUCUUUUGCCGCCCUAUACCAGCCUCUUAUUGUAUGUUCGUUCGCGUGCUUGAUUUUGGCAUCCGUUUUUGAAAUGAGAUACAUGAUCUCAGUGUACGCUUCGCAAGUAAACGAGCGGAAUGUCAGUAUAUUUACUUUACUGCGGCGAAACACGGAUGGGGAUGAGCGACCAACCCCGACAGUUAUUCCCGACGAAGCAAGUAUCAGCUCAUCGCUGUACCGCAGUUAUGUUUUUAAAAUGCUAUUUUCCAUGAUAGCCAUCCUCAGCGUGGCAACCUGGCCGCGCGAUUUGCGUGCCCCUGUGGAGUGUCUUGGAAUUUUUGUCCUCAGCUCCUACUGGGUUCCGCAAAUUGUUCGCAACGCUGUUAAGGGCAACAUGCCGCGUAGAACUGAAACUGAGUCACCCACUGGUACCUCUCUGCCGCAACGCCAGUCAAAACCACCGCUUCUAUGGACCUUUGUGAUUGGUACAUCUAUCAUUCGAUUCCUUCCAGUGGCGUACGUGUACAGCGUACCUCCAAACAUCUUCUAUCAUCACCAAGAUCGGAGAUUUGUAGCCGUUGUCGCUGCUUGGCUUUUCAUCCAGAUUGCUUUAUUAUAUUCUCAGGACGUUUUUGGAGGGCGUUGGUUCUUGCCGAACUACACCAUUCCGGAUGGUUACAAAUACCACAAGGCGAUUUCAUCUGGAGAGCUACUAGAGCAUGGGAGUUCGGAAAAUCAUACCAUAGACUGCGCCAUCUGUAUGAACGAUGUUGCAGUCUACGUCGAAGACAUAGCAGAAACGCACAAGGUCGAUCAGCAGAGCUAUAUGGUAACACCCUGUGGGCACAUUUUCCACACCAACUGUUUGGAAAAUUGGAUGAGUUACAAGCUACAAUGUCCCGUCUGUAGAGCACCUUUACCACCGCUCUGA